AUGGAUGAGGAUACCGUCGCCCUGGUUGGAAUCAGGCCAACCGGUGCCGAGGCUCCUGGGCCCACGCACAAUAGCUCAGCCGCAACCUCCUCCCAGGAAGUUCCAACACACGAUGUUCUACAUCAAACUGACGUCCUAAACAAAGUCUUCUGCUGGUAUGAAAUAUUUACGGAAUUUCCCUGCCUCCCUUACCACGACCCAAAUAUCCCCCACGCGCAAUUGCAUGUUACCCGACACGACAGCUUUCCUUACACCCAAUCCUCUGAUCCUCAACCUCUUAACAGGCUUCGUCGUGUAUCGGACCUCGCAAACGCGGCCAUGGUGUGUCGAUCCUGGUGUGCAGCCGCGCGCGACGACCAACCGUGGCAAAACAUAUACGUACGACAGUACGGCGAACCUUCCCCCUGGGAGACUUGCACCAGUUAUCGCGAGCAGUGUGCUCGCCGAGUCGGUAUCCGCAGACCUUAUCCGUCACCGUCGCUGCCCGGCGCGCCCGCGCCGGGCGCUACGCUGGAGGCGUACGACAGGCAGUACGGUGUACGGACGUUGACAGUGUCGUACGAUCCUGUUUCCCGUGCGCUGGUACGGGCGGUACGCUCGUGGUCACUAGUGGGUCAUGACGACCUGGUGGCGGUUCAGGCGAUUCCCCUGGAGCCCCAUCCGCCCUCCUCUGCGGCGGCUGCAGCGUCACCGGAAACAGCAGCGGCAACGGGAGCUAUAGAACCCGUAUCAGAUGGUACGACAGCUCCUGCCGCUGGCGGUGGCGGUGGCACCGAUGCCGACGUGUCGAUUGGCAGCCUCUGGCUGUGCAUGUUGACGCCUGACGGUCGAUCUCCGGCGACGCGACCGUCGACAUUGCCGGAUGUCGCGUCAGCAGCAGCGGCCGCGGACGGUCUAAGAGCAGUCGCCGCGAGUAAAUGCGUCGGGGAUGUUGGCGGCAGCGGCGGCGGCGGCGGCGGGGAAGGAGAAGGAGAAGGGGUUAUGCACCUGACGGAGGAGAGCGUACGGCAAAUCGCGUCGCUUGCGGAGCUGCUUCCGACGGUCAUGUGUUGCGGCGGCGGCCUAUUGUACUUGCCAGCAGGACCCAUGGGUCACGGCCUGGCGGUGUGGGACCUGACAACAACAUCAACAACAAUAACAACAAUAACAACAUCAACGACGAUGACGAUGACUGCCUUGUCCUCGGCCACCGGAGGUGGCUGUUCCAAGACUUGUUAUCCUUCUCCGCUUUUGAAGAGGAGCGUGACGGCGGCGGCGUCGCCGCUGCCGCUGCCGUACUGGUUGAUUUCGGAGCCGCAUCCGGGUCGGCUUUUGGCGGUGGCUGCGGAUGGCGAGUUGGCGGUAAGCGGCUGCGACGGGGGCCGACUGUGCUUCUGGCAGGGCCGGCAGCGGGUCGCGCUGGGAGUGGCGGACAUCAGCGACCUCACUCAGUUGCCUGUUUUGGACAUCUUUCCGAUCCCCGCUGCCCGAGCCGGAUCCAGGCGGCACCGAUUAUGGAUCUCGGUGUGCGAGGCCUCGGGCCUGGCGGCGGUCGUGCUGACGUCACCGCAGGCGCCAGUCGUACACAUCUUCCGCGCUGCGCCGCGAAAGCGAGGAAUUAGCUACAGCGGCGGCGGCGGCGGCGGUACCGACGGCGGCGCGGAGUGCUCUGGCGGAGUGGGGCAACGUUUGGCGACGCAGAUCUUUGGCGGCGCGCCGAGCAGCGGUUUGUUGCUGUAUCGGCGGCAGAUGCUGACUAUGCAAGUGAUGUGCAGCGAUGUCAUGGGGGCACGCUUUGGCGGCAGCGGUGGCAGCUCCGUGCGCGUGACCUUGGCGAUGUGCCUGUGGAACCUGCCCAUGGAAGGGGAGGAGGAAGGGGGGGAGGCGGGGGAGGAAGAGGGCGGUGGCGGCGGCGAUGAAGUUGGCGGGGGCCACUGGUCUGACUCCUGGACUCGGCUUUUUUCCAGCAGGUUGCAGCUGGAGCACCCACGCACAUUGGUAUUGGGUCGCAUGCGGCCCGUGAUGGCGGCUUCGGAGGAUCUGCUGCUUCUGACGGUGCCGCACAACGUCGGGGGCCGGCCGCCGCACAGCCAAGUACUCGCACUGGAGCUGCCGCCGCCGCUGAUACCGCCGUCAGGAGCGACCCGCGGGUCAUUAUCCUCAUUAUCCUCAGACGAGGAGGAAAUCGAGGAGGAAGAGGACGACGAGGAGGCGGAUGGGGAGGGGGAUGGCAUAAGGGGCUUACAGUUGUCGUCAAAGGAUGAAGGCGCUGGCAGUGAUGGAUGCCGUGCCGGAGUGGAGCAGGAGCGGGGUAGCCGUCGUGUACGGCAUGUACGACAUGUACGACAGCCUCAGUUGCAUGGGGGCUUCAGCGGGAUGAUGGUGAUCCCUGAGGAGGAGCGGCUGCAGUGGAUUGAGGUGGUGGAGGAUGCAAAUGAGGUGGUCUCAGCAAUGGUGCCUACUCCGCGACAUUUGGCACUGCUGUCAGAGGGCGGCAGACUACGGUUGUACGGCAUUAUUCCCGAGGAUGUCGUACCAUGGACUGCCAAGGUCGCCCUGGCGGGUGGAAGUUAG